AUGGUGCUCGCGGCCCCGCUGCUACUGGGCUUCCUGCUCCUCGCCCUGGAGCUGCGGCCCCGGGGGGAGGCGGCCGAGGGCCCCGCGGCGGCGGCGGCGGCGGCGGCGGCGGGGGCUGGGGGGGAGCGCUCCAGCCGGCCGGCCCCGUCCGUGGCGCCCGAGCCGGACGGCUGCCCCGUGUGCGUGUGGCGGCAGCACAGCCGCGAGCUGCGCCUGGAGAGCAUCAAGUCGCAAAUCCUGAGCAAACUGCGGCUCAAGGAGGCGCCCAACAUCAGCCGCGAGGUGGUGAAGCAACUGCUGCCCAAGGCGCCGCCGCUGCAGCAGAUCCUGGACCUGCACGACUUUCAGGGCGACGCGCUGCAGCCCGAGGACUUCCUGGAGGAGGACGAGUACCACGCCACCACAGAGACCGUCAUUAGCAUGGCCCAGGAGACGGACCCUGCAGUACAGACAGAUGGCAGCCCUCUCUGCUGUCAUUUCCACUUCAGCCCCAAGGUGAUGUUCACAAAGGUACUGAAGGCCCAGCUGUGGGUGUACCUACGGCCUGUGCCCCGCCCAGCCACAGUCUACCUGCAGAUCUUGCGACUGAAACCCCUAACUGGAGAAGGGACCACAGGGGGAGGGGGUGGAGGCCGGCGUCACAUCCGUAUCCGCUCACUCAAGAUUGAGCUGCACUCACGCUCUGGCCACUGGCAGAGCAUUGACUUCAAGCAAGUGCUACACAGCUGGUUCCGCCAGCCGCAGAGCAACUGGGGCAUCGAGAUCAACGCCUUUGAUCCCAGUGGCACAGACCUGGCUGUCACCUCCCUAGGGCCGGGAGCUGAGGGGCUGCAUCCUUUCAUGGAGCUCCGAGUCCUAGAGAACACAAAACGGUCCCGGCGGAAUCUGGGUCUGGACUGCGAUGAGCACUCAAGCGAGUCACGUUGCUGCCGAUACCCCCUCACAGUGGACUUUGAGGCUUUUGGCUGGGACUGGAUCAUCGCACCUAAGCGCUAUAAGGCCAACUACUGCUCUGGCCAGUGCGAGUACAUGUUCAUGCAAAAGUAUCCGCACACCCACUUGGUGCAACAGGCCAACCCAAGAGGCUCUGCUGGGCCCUGCUGUACACCCACCAAGAUGUCCCCAAUCAACAUGCUCUACUUCAAUGACAAACAGCAGAUUAUCUACGGCAAGAUUCCUGGCAUGGUGGUGGACCGCUGUGGCUGCUCCUAAGGUGGGGGACAGAGGAUGCCUCCCCCACAGCCCUAACCCAAGACCCCCAGCCCUGACCCCCAUCCCCCCAAGCCCUAGAGCUCCCUCCACCUCUUCCCAUGAACAUCAAACCUUGUUCCCUGACCAAGCAGUGUGCAAUA